AUGGCGUUAGCAACCGCUGCCGCGAUAACGGCCGCCGCGUAUCUCAAUGCCAAGUUCCAUCUGACCAAAGAUCUAGCGGUGCUGCGCACUGUGCGGCAGGCAACCCGCAGCACUCAGCAAGCCCAAAGCCGAGGCCAGGUCAACCUGUGGUUCAAUUUCGUUGAGACCGCUACCAAGUACCCCGAUCUGGCCGCCAUCUGGACGCGUGAGCGGUCAUUCACCUAUGGCGAGGUGCUCGCCGCGGCCGCCCGCUACGCCCAGUUCUAUCGCCACCGCGGCGUGCAACCAGGCGACCUGGUCGCAUUCUACCUCCAGAACCGCGCAGAGUUCAUCUUCGCGUGGCUGGGUCUGUGGAGUAUCGGCGCUGCCCCGGCGGCCAUCAACUACCAUCUCACCGGCGAUGCGCUGGUGCACAGCCUGGCCCUCAGCGGCGCAAAGCUCCUGCUGGUGGAUCCGGACGCGGAAUGCCAGGCGCGGAUUCACGAACGACGAGCCACUUUGGAGACCGAACUGGGCUUGACCCUGAUCACCCUGGACGAAACCUUCACCACCACCGUCCUCGCGACUCUGCCGGCAGAGGUUCCGGAAGACGGCCAGCUGGCGCGCGAAAUCACAGGCAACUCACCGGCCAUCCUGCUCUACACCUCCGGCACCACGGGACUGCCGAAGGGAUGCCCCUUCCGGAUGGAGCGACUGCACAUCGCCGUGGGGCUGCGGGCGUACUCAACGCGCGACCAGGUCGGCCCCGGCGGCGACCGGUGGUACAGCGCGAUGCCGCUGUACCACGGCACGUCGGCGGUGGCGCUGAUCGUGGCGCUGGUGCGCGGGACGAGCAUCGCGAUCGCGCCGCGCUUCAGCGUGCGCACCUUCUGGCGCGACGUGCGCGACGCCCAGGCGACGGCCUUCGUCUACGUCGGCGAGACCGCCCGGUACCUGCUGGCGGCGCCGCCGUCGCCGCUGGACCGCGCGCACCGCGUGCGCCUGAUGUACGGCAACGGCUUGCGGCCGGACGUGUGGACGCGCUUCCAGGAGCGGUUCGGCAUCGCCGAGGUGGGCGAGUUCUUCAACAGCACCGAGGGCGUGUUUAGCCUGUACAACUACAACCGGGGGCCCUUCACCGCCAGCGCCGUCGGCCACCACGGCGCCCUGUCCCGCUGGCUCAUGCGCGGCGUCUACGCCCCGGUCGCCAUCGACCCGCACACCGGGGAUGUCCAGCGCGACCCGGCCACCGGGUUCGCGGGGCGCCAGCCCUACGAGGUCGGCGGCGAGAUGCUCGUGCGCGUGCCCGCCGAGUCGGCGUUCCCGGGCUACUGGCGCAACCAGGAGGCCACGGACAAGAAGUUCCUGCGCGAUGUGUUCCAGCCGGGCGAUCUGUGGUAUCGGUCCGGGGAUGCCCUGCGACGGGACGCCGACGGCCGGUGGUAUUUCCUCGACCGCUUGGGCGAUACCUUCCGAUGGAAGAGUGAGAAUGUAUCCACCGCCGAGGUCUCCCACGCCCUAGGCGAAUAUCCCGGGAUCCAGGAAGCCAACGUCUACGGCGUGCUGGUGCCCUCGCACGACGGUCGCGCCGGCUGCGCCGCCCUGCAACUGAGCCCCGAGGCAGCCGCCAAGGGAGCCUUGGAUCUCACGGCGCUGGCGCAGUUCGCGCGCGCCCGGCUCCCGCGCUACGCGGUGCCGGUGUUCCUGCGGCUGGUGACGCAGACCUCGCACAUCCACAACCACAAGCAGAAUAAAGUCCCCUUGCGCGAGGAAGGGAUUGAGCCGGCGAAACUGGGGACCCACGUGGCGGGCGGCCAGAGUGAUCGGUUGUAUUGGUUGCCGCCUGGGGCCGAGGGAUAUCUGCCUUUUGGCGAGAAGGACUGGAGGCGGUUAGUUGGGGGUGAAGCGAAGUUGUGAGAAGCGGCGAGUAGAUAUCCGGAAGUAGUUGACUUUUCCAUAGUUCUUUUUUUUUUUUU